UCCCGCGUUGAACAUAUUCUGUGCUCUUCAAUCUUCGUUUUAUAGUUCUCUACAUUAUUGAUGCAUCUGCGUUAUAUAUAGUGUACAUACAUUAUGCGUUUUUUAUCUUUGUUUUAGAGAACUUACUCUUUAAAUACGGACCUGUUUUAUUUGACUACACGUGGCUGAACAUGGAGGAAUUGGCUGAGGAAAGCGCGUGGCAAAAACUCCAAACUCUUCUGGCAACCAUAGGCAACGAUGAUAUUGACGAGCUUGAAAAGACACGCAUCGUUGGAUCUCACAGCAAUGAAGAUAUUCAGUGUGCCUUAAGGAUAGCGGUUAAGAGACGGAGCUUUGAUACAGCUAAGUUCUUACUUGAACAAGGCGUUUCACCUAAUGAGACGGACAAACGCUCUUCGUCGCCACUAGCGAUUGCCUGCUCAAAUACUGAUAUGCCUAUGGUCAAGCUGCUUCUAUCGUUUGGUGCCGACCCGUACCUUCUUAAGGUUGAUGGUGACAAGAGUCCGAUUUCAGUUGCACUGCUAGACUUUGCUAUGAAAAGAGGGGAUUCAAACGAGGAGGUGUGCAAAGAAAUAUUUCGGCUGUUACUUGACGUUGAUGAGUUGGCGAACGAGUCCGAACGAAAUCGGCCUAUGGCCCUUCUGGCCGCAGUAGAAUCGGGUUGUUUGGACAAGGCCGCGAGGAUCCUUCAUAGUGGAGUGUGUGUCUCAGAAAAGAUCACAGUUGCAGGUGGCGAAGGUGAUGAGGUUGACUUAAAUCCCAUGAACGAAGCGUGCAAAAACAGAGAUACUAAAAUGAUGAAGUUGCUUUCCACCUAUGGGGCACAACCAUUCGAGCAUCCAGCUAGCGAUGACGAUGACAGUGAUAUUUUCGAUUGCGCUGCAGGCACGGCCAUCCUGAAUUCUGAUUAUGACAUGGUAGAGGCCAUACUUGAUCUCGAUCCGGAGGGAAAGAAACAGUACCUUGGUUUGAUAUUGUUCAUGUUAUUUUGGAGGGGGCAGGUAGAAAUCAUUGAGAAUGUAUUGCUACAUGUACCAGAGUGGAACAUAAACAUGGACAUACCAUGUGAACGUGAACAGGAGGCACAUCUUGUAUCGCCUCUUCACGUUACCAUUCAUUCAAAUCGGCCCGAGAUGUGCUGUUGGCUCUUGGAGAAUGGUGUCGAUGUUAAUGCGUCGAAAAUAAAAGGGUCUGUCACUCCUCUGAUGUCAGCUUGUGAAUGUGGAUUUUCCGAUGUUGUCCUCUGCCUUCUAGAACGUGGGGCGCUUGUUAAUGUUGUCGAUGCAAGAGGGUACACUGCAGCACAUUAUGCCUGCCGCUCAGAAAAUCUUGACGAAGUUCACUCUACCAUAAGACACUUGCUUAAUCACGGAGCAAAUAUUCAAACAAAAUGCCGAAUAGGACAUCGCGAGCCAAUUGAACACCUGAUGGAUAACCCCGUGGUCGAGGAAGACCUGUUUUCUGACAACAAUAGAGCUGCUCUUGCAGGAUUUGCAGAAGCUCUCUGUCUAUUGCUAGGAGCAGGGGCUAAAGUACACGUUGAUACCCUUCUUACAGGAUACAAUAAUAAUUGGGAUCAAAUUGACAGUCAUGACGAACUUGAUUCUCUCUUUUCUAUAUUUCUGCGUCAUGGAACCCAAUAUCUUCCACCAAAUUUUACAAAACUAGUCACAACAGUCGUCGAAACCGAAAACUUCUUUUUAGAAGAGAUAAGUGAUCUGUUAGGGAAGCUAAAUUCUGAAGCUAAUACGGUUAGUAUUCACCGUUCCACGAAUCCGGAACUCCUUAGAUCCAUAGCGUUUUUGCAGGAAUACCUCAAAAAUGCAAAUUUGAAAAGUCUAAAAGAUUUGUGUCGCCUUAGGCUGAGGCAAGCAAUCCGCCCCCCUCUGUGGGCGACCGUGCAGUCAAGGCAAUUCGAGUUCCCAAAAUUGCUGAAGAAAUACUUAUUAUUUGAAUAAUUAGAUAUGCACAUGCCUCAUUCAUUUUGUCAUUGUCAUGGUCUACUUCAACUUCAUCGGAUUUAAUCUUGGUGCCAUGCAGUGUGGAGGUAUUUGACAAGGACAAACGAGAAUGCUGAAAUACUACCCAUGAUAUACGAUUUAAACGUCUCUGGGAAUAUCAUUCAGCUGUCGAUGCAAACACCUCAAUGAUCGACGCCAGCUAGGCCACACACGAUGUCUGACUCUAAGACGAUCACUUCUCGGUUACAAAUGUUAAUACCGUCUAAAUCUAGGAGACCGAAUGAGAAAAAUCUAGAUGAUAAUAAAUUGUCAGU